AUGGCCUCCAGCACAAACUCCUACAUACCUCAUGGGAAUGGUACUAGUUCGCUACCACUAGAGGGGUUAUUUGGACAUUAUCGCUUUGCUGAUGUUCCAAAGCUUAAAGCCAUUUUCUAUGCAGAGUUCGAUAUAGAGAUCGGACCUGUGAUACGUUAUCAGAUCCCCGAAGAUCAAAAUGUAGUGUCCCCUGAACGGUUUUCCGCGUUUUCGGCUGCCAUCAUCCCCAAAGACGAAAUGUUGAAUCGACUGAUUAAACUGAACUUCCGCGACUAUAAAGUUAUGGGGCAUCCGAUUGGGCUUAAGCACGAUACAUGGUACGGUCGAGGUCAACUAAAUUUUAACAUGUGUUUCGUGGUUGCCAAAGAAUCCACCAUUGAUUGCAUGUAUGAACCACUAGUGCAGAAAUUUGCCGAGUAUCUUGUGGAUUUGGAGAUGGAAUGCGGGUUUCUUCACAUCGCUAGUAAACGUGCACAGCUUCCAACCAUUAUGCGAAAAGUUUUCACCGACUUGAACACAUGUGGCGAAUGCGUGCUGCCGGUCACUGAAUUGACGACGCUCUAUCUCAAAUUAUGUCCGUCAUACAGAGGUGUAGAACCGCCCAAGGUAAGCUUAUACAUGGUUCCAAUGUUUAUUAGAGCUGUGCAACUUACUCCAGCAAUCAUAGAUAAAAUGGAUGUUCUUUCUCAGAAGAUCAUACCUAAGAUUGACGGAAUAAGAUGCGUGAAGGAGAUUGCCACUGAGGUAGAGAUUGAUGCGGAUUUGGUGAUGCGAUGCGUUAGGAACUUGCAUUUCUAUGAGUGUGUGAGUUUGGUGCCUCUUUUCUUGUACUCGAAUACUUACGUGGCGACAGAGAAAUUGCAUGAUUUCUACAAUGAUCAUGCGCAACGAGAGGAUUGUCUUCAGUUUGCUCGCCAUCGCUUAUCUGAUGGUGAAUUAGGCCCGGUUCCAAAAUUUUGCGAUGUCUUCAGAUUACUGAUGAGCCUCAAGUGCGGAGUUACACUACGCGAAUGGUGUGACUUUAUGAUGCCACGUCGGUACAAUGUAGACGAGCGACGUUUAGUUCAGUUUGGUAUGCAUCAUCAGUUUCUGCGGAAGUUGUCCAUAUAUCCCAUUGCAACAAUCCCAACUAAUGAGGUGGAGAGAUCAGGAAAGAUAUAUCGUCUAUGUGAUGGAACCCGUGCAUUGGAGGAUCUUGCUGUCAUCUAUGACAUGAUGCCCGACGAAUUACACUACAAGUUAAUUGAAAGUGGAAAGUUCAAGUUUAUUAGUAAGUAGCAUUUCGAUAUCUGUUGUAAAACCAACCCUUCCUAUCAUUUUUUUUUGUUCCUGGUGACUAUCACAUUUUCUUGUAUUGUGACAGAUUUCUUCUGAGCUAUUUAUCAUAUUUAUUUAAUCACAUUUUUAGUUCAAGUUAGUACCUCCAGUGGAAUACCUUAGGUUUAAAAAGCAUUUCUUGUUUGAUAGGCAGAUUUGCAACGUCAAAUCUGACCUGAAGCAGCUUUAUGUAACGUAUUGUUAGUAGCUGUUCUUCACAUGUAUCAUGUGAUCUGUGAUAUUCCCAACUCCUCUGUUUUCAAAUCGAGGUACAAUUUUCGCCCAUUCGAUGUUCACUGCUUGAUUUUAAGGAGUUCAUUAUUACUGUAAGACGGGCUGUGAAUCGCGCUCUGUGUAUGUUUGUCAAAUAUGAGUCAAUUGUUAGUACUUUUUUAAGUGCUCACUUAUUAUUUUCAUGCGGUGCAUGGAAGUUUCUUUU